AUGACUAAACUAUUCUGCAACAGCAGCGAAAGCUCAGCCGCCAUUGUCGAUUCAAGCAGUGACAUCACUGCCUCUCCUGACCAUGAAGCGAGCAGUGACAUCACUGCCUCUACUGACCCUGAAGUGCGCAGUGACAUCACUGCCUCUACUAACCCUGAAGUGCGCAGUGACAUCACUGCCUCUACUGGCCCUGAAGCAAGCAGUGAUAUCACUGCCUCUACUGACCCUGAAGCGAGCAGUGACUUCACUGCCUCUACUGACCCUGAAGUGCGCAGUGACAUCACUGCCUCUACUGACCCUGAAACGAGCAGUGACAUCACUGCCUCUACUGGCCCUGAAGUGCGCAGUGACAUCACUGUCUCUACUAACCCUGAAGCGAGCAGUGACAUCACUGCCUCUACUGACCCAGAAGCGAGCAGUGACAUCACUGCCUCUACUGACCCUGAAGUGCGCAGUGACAUCACUGCCUCUACUGGCCCUGAAGUGCGCAGUGACAUCACUGCCUCUACUGGCCCUGAAGCGAGCAGUGACAUCACUGCCUCUACUGACCCAGAAGCAAGCAGUGACAUCACUGCCUCUACUGGCCCUGAAGCAGGCAGUGACAUCACUGUCCAUAUAAAAUUAAUUCUUUACUUAUAG